AUGGGAGAAGAAUCAUCACAAUUCAAGGGAGGACUCGGCGGCGUGAUCCUGGACAGAUCUAAAGAAAACUGUUCAGGACCCGUUAAAGCUACAGUUCCACAUGGUGAAGGUCCAAAACGUGUUCUGGUCACUCAGCAUAUUCCUUCUCAGAACCCGUUGUCUACAAGCAGUGGCCAGGCUCAGCGGAUCUUAUGUCCUUCAAAUUCUUCCCAGCGUGUUCCUUUGCACGCACAAAAGCUCGUCUCCAGUCAGAAACUGGGACAGAAUAAAUUGCAGGCAGCCAGUAUACCUCGUCCUGUCUCCCGGCCAGUGAACAACACCCAGAAGAGUGAACAAUCCCAGCCAUCAGUGCCUGGAAAUAAUCCUGAAAGGGAACUGGCAUCAAAACAGAAAAAUGAAGACUUAAAGAAAAGGCAAUGGACUUUGGACGAUUUUGACACUGGUCGCCCACUGGGUAAAAGAAAGUUUGGCAAUGUUUAUUUGGCAAGAGUAAAACAAAGCAAGUUUAUUCUGGCUCUUAAAGUGUUAUUUAAAGCUCAGCUGGAGAAAAAAGGAGUGGAGCAUCAGCUCAGAAGAUAAGUAGAGAUCCAGUCCCACCUCCGGCAUCCUAAUAUUCUCAGGCUGUAUGGCUAUUUUCAUGAUGCCACCAGAGUUCACCUAAUUCUAGAGUAUGCACUGCUUGGAAUGGUCUAUAGAGAACUUCAGAAACUUUCCAAGUUUGAUGAGCAGAGAACUGCUACUUACAUAACUGAAUUAGCAAACGCCCUAUCUUACUGCCAUUCAAAGAGAGUUAUUCAUAGAGACAUUAAGCCAGAGAACCUGCUUUUUGGAUCAACUGGAGAGCUUAAGAUUGCAGAUUUUGGGUGGUCAGUACAUGCUCCAUCCUCCAGGAGAACCACUCUCUGUGGCACCCUGGACUACCUGCCCCCUGAGAUGAUUGAAGGCCGGAUGCAUGAUGAGAAGGUGGAUCUCUGGAGCCUUGGAGUUCUUUGCUAUGAAUUUCUAGUUGGGCAGCCUCCUUUUGAGGCAAACACACACCAAGAGACCUACAGAAGAAUAUCACAGGUUGAAUUCACAUUCCCUGACUUUGUGACGGAGGGAGCCAGGGACCUCAUUUCAAGACUGUUGAAGCAUAAUCCAAGCCAGAGGCCAACUCUAAGUGAAGUACUUGAACACCCCUCGAUCACAGCAAAUUCAUCAAAGCCACUGAAUUGCCAAAAAGGCAGAGUCAACUAAUAAAUAAUCAUAAUC